AAAUAUACCACCAGCCCAGCCUGGAGCACGACGAAGCGCGGACGAGGCGAGAACUCCUUGGAGCUCUGAACUCUCUAUCGCGUGAGGAGGUCGACGGCGAGAGAGAUGCGCGGCGGCGGCGGCGGGGAUGCGGGCACCAGCUCGAGGGGCGGCGGUUCCGGCGGGGCCCCCGCGCGUCCGCGGCGGUUCCCUGAGGCGGCGCAGCCGGAGAUCAUGCGGGCGGCGGAGAAGGACGACGGCUACGCCGCGCACGUCACCGAGGCCUGCCGCGACGCCUUCCGCCACCUCUUCGGUACCAGGGUCGCCGUUGCUUAUCAGAACGAGAUAAAAUUGCUUGGUCAGUCUCUUUAUUACUUGCUAACAACUGGUUCAGGCCAGCAAACACUUGGAGAAGAAUACUGUGAUAUAUCUCAGGUUGCAACCUCGCACGGACUUCCGCCUACACCUGCUAGACGGAUUCUAUUCAUUUUGUACCAAACUACCGUUCCCUAUCUUGCUGAACGCAUCAGCUCUAGAAUUGUUGCACGUGGUAUUGCCCUCGAGGACUCUCAGCUUGAUGACCAUUCUGAAAGUGAUAGUUCUAGUAUAGGCACUGCAGCACAACCAUCCCCAAUUAGGAACAGUCCUUCAAGAAGCUUGAGUUUUUCUCAUUUGUCAAGGUUGAGAGGCAGAGUCCAUACCUUGUGGGAAUGGGUUCUUCGGAAAUGGCCUUCGAUGCUACCAUUUGCUCAAGAUUUUAUACAGUUAACUAUCCGGACAAACCUUAUGUUCUUCUAUUUUGAAGGAUUGUAUUAUCAUUUACCAAAGCGAGCAGCUGGCAUUCGUUAUGUAUUCAUUGGGAAGCCAUUGAAUCAGAGGCCCAGGUAUCAAAUCUUGGGUAUUUUUCUGUUAAUUCAGUUAUGUAUUCUUGGUGCUGAAAGACUUCGAAGAAGUAAUUUAUCAACAAUAGCUAGUUCGAUUAACCAAAUCUCAUCUGGAGGCUAUCCUUCAUCAAGAGGUCGAGGUGUCCCUGUUCUAAAUGAAGAUGGAAAUAUAAUCAGCGACAUCCGCCAUGGGAAAACUGCAGAUUUGGCUACUAGUUCAGAGGCAUCCAGUGGUAAGAGCAAAUGCACCCUUUGUCUCAGUACCCGUCAGAAUCCCACUGCCACAACCUGUGGCCAUGUCUUCUGCUGGAGUUGCAUUAUGGAGUGGUGUAAUGAGAAGCCUGAAUGCCCCCUAUGCAGAACUCCGAUUACACAUUCGAGUUUGAUUUGUAUAUAUCAUUCAGAUUUCUAGCAAAUGAUUACUAGCAAGGGGUCAUAUCAUUCUCCAGUGGAUUCAUUAAAAUGAUACUGAAUCCCCACAUUUUGGCGAGAACUCUUCUUCUGAAGUGUUUUAGUGUACCAAAAGAGGAGAGUAGAAACCAUCCAAUGAGGCUGAAGAUCAAUGCUGCCAUUCAACUGUAUUGUAGAGCUCAAAUAACAAAACAAUCAAACAGAACAAAAUUUUCAUUAGAGCUCAAACGGAUACCCAUGUAUAUGUACAUUGUAGACACAACUUGAUUUUGUAGGGUAGAACAGUGGCUGACUGGAAUCAUUAGAGCAAAAUGUAUCGACCUGAAAUUCUGCCGGGAAAUUUAACUAUUUGCCAAUAUUAGAUUCGACAAUUAUUCAAA